AGCAUCAUCAGAGCAAGAAGAUGUCAUCUCAACUCUUUUAUUUGUUGUUUAUUUAAUUUUUUUACUUUUGAACUGCUCAUUUUUCGGUGUAAAAUGCAUUUGACCUGGAGUUAACUAGUUGUACUAUGUUAAAUUUCAAUGGAUAACAUGCCAGGUGGAGAUGAAAUUUUACGUUGGAAAUUUCCACCCUCUAAUAAACUACAAAAUUUUUCGUUAUGGCAAUUAGGAAGUGCUCUUGUAAUUCCAGCAGUAGGGGUUUUAAGCAAAUUGAUGACAGAUUGGCUGAAUACGGUCACUGUUCAUAACAGAGAAGUGUUAAUUGAUGCAAUAGACAACAGGCCAAAAGGCACUCCUUUGAUAACAGUAUGUAAUCACCAUUCAUGCCUAGAUGAUCCCAUGCUAUGGGGCAUUUUAGACUGGAGGCAUGUAAUCAACAGUCGAAUCAUGAGGUGGUCAGCAGCUGCUCAUGAUAUCUGUUUCACAAAUGACUGGCAUGCACAGUUUUUCACUUUUGGUAAAACGGUGCCCGUCAUCCGUGGUGCCGGUGUCUAUCAGAAAGGAAUGGACUUUUGUCUGGAACGCCUAAAUGCUGGAUGUUGGGUUCAUUUCUUCCCUGAAGGGAAAGUAAACAUGGCUAAAAAUGAAUUCAUACGCUUAAAAUGGGGAAUAGGACGCUUGAUUGCUGAAUGUAAAAUUUGUCCCAUUGUUAUUCCAUUUUGGCAUUUAGGAAUGGACAGUGUUUUGCCAAAUGUUGAACCAUACUGGCCUAGAAUUGGACAGAAAGUAACUAUUUUCUUUGGGGAACCUAUUGAUUUUAGUUCAUUACGAGAAAAAUUAAAGAAUGAAUAUCAAAGUGCUCCAGCAUUGGAAUUUGGGGAAGGCCAGAUACUUAAGGAAUAUCUCAAGAUGGAAAAAAGGAAAAUCAUUACUGAUAAAAUUCAAGACAAUUUAUUCCAGUUAAAGCAGCAGGCUGAACGUCUACAUGUAGUGCAAACAGAGUAAAGAUCUUUGUAUUUCAUACAUUGAAAUUAAAUUAAUUAGAUAGCUUGUAUAUAUGUAAAGUUUUACAUAUAUUGUUGUAUUCUCUGACAAAUGCUAUUAAUAGUUAUAUCUUAAAUAUUUUAAACUGUUAAUAAAUGAAUAUAAUUAUUUUUGAUUAAAAGUUGAAGUUAAAUUCUAUGCAUGCAAUAUCUUAAUCUGAUGAUUCUGAAUGAUUUCUCAAAACUAAUUUUAUCUUAUUUAAACACAAGUUUACAUUCUUUUAAUACCUUUCUAUGAUUUUGUGUGGCUUAUUUCUUAUCAAAGUAAUAAUAUUGUAUCAGUAAUAAUGUCUAUAAUAAAAUUGAUUUGGAAAUAGUUUGAAUUGGCAGACAGCAUAAAUGUUUAAAGUUUAUUUUGAUUUAUUGCUUAAUAAAGUCUUCCUGUAUUCCUGAGAGCUUUAAUGGUAUAAAAAUUGCAUCAUUGAAAAUUGUAUAAUGAGAAGCGGAUACUUGUUGUUUACAAGGAUGAAUUGUUGUUGUUUACAAAGACUAUUUUGUGUCGGUGAAGGAUAAGAAUAUGUUGAUUGUGAUUUUUUGAUAAUUUUAUAGAAAUAUAAUGAAUGCAGAGAACAAAAUUAUGAUGAUUUAUUGUUGAAAAUUUUACAGUACACUGUAAAGUUUAAAGUAUGUGCAAGGCACUGUUUAAGCUCGUUUUUAUUACGUAAAUACCCUGUUAAUCCUAUAUUAUUCUCAAUGGAUUUUAUUAGAUAUUAGUUAGCCUGCUAAUUUUUAUUCUUUUAUUUAUUGAUUAUAUGUGCAUAUACUAAAUUAUUAUAAAAUGAUGACAUGCAUUUUCUCAAAUGAAACUUUUAAAUGCCAAGAUUUUGUUUUAUUAAUUAGAUAUGCAAGACAUUGCAUAGUUGGAUAAAUUUCUGCUUGUUAUACUAAAGAUAGAUGAAAAGUAUCUUUAAGUAGUUUACUGAAACAUUAACAAUUUACAAUUCCUUUGGAGUUAAGAUUACUUCUUGUACAGUGUGAUCACUGGCCUACUAAGCUGUAAUAUUUGCACAUAAGAGCUUUUCUAUUUUCAUUUAAAAUCAUCUAUUGAUAUUAUUUUGGCUCGUUGGGUAACAAAUACAUGCAGAUAACUUGCUUUAUUCUUUUUUUAUUUUGUUGGAUUUUAAUACAUUUUUUAGAAUUGAAAAGUGUAAAAAAGUUCUAUUGAUAAAAGAUAUUGUAUUUUUUUUUUCUAAGCAUAUUUAUUUUUUUCCCUGUCUUGAACUAACAGAAUUCUUGAUUUUUUUUUAUCUAAUGCUUUAUUUUUUACUUACAUCUGUGUGGCAAAACAUUUUAUUUUAAAAAAUUUACCGAACAUUUUGAAAUUGAAUAUUUAUGAAUAUUCUCAAUGAAAUUUUAAGCAUAUUACCAAAAUAUGUCAGUUUGUUAAGACUAGAUCUAAUAUGUAGCUACUAAACUUGCAUUAUGUUUCAUAAAUGAAUUAUAUUAAAUCUUUUUUGAAAUGGAAUUCUUGUCUGUCAAAAUGUGUAUCCAUUAUUGCCUUUCAAAAUAUGUAUACAUUCAUUAGUCUGUCAUUUUCAUAAUCACACUCAACUAUAAUAGAAAAUAUUUUGCUGUUGUUUCUUUUUAAUGUAGAACAUUUUUCAAUAGUAUUUUCAUAACUGAUAGGCAUGUUAUGUAGUAGCUCAUUUGAUUUAAUUUUUUUGUCCAAAUUUCCUGAAUUAUUAUUCUGUAUGUAGUCUUACUUAUUAAAAGUAUUUGAUUUACUGUCCAUUUAUUUUUGCAGAAAAAUAUUGAUGAGCUGUAAUCAUGAAGUUUUAUCACUUCAAAAUAAUUCUCUUUGAUAUAAUGAAAUUUCAUUUUUCAACUCCUUGACUAAAUUUUAAUUUUUAAAAAACCUUAAUACAAUAUGUUAAUUGAAAAAUUUUCUCCCUGUGUUUUCCAAGUAUCAAUUAUUUCAGUGAAUAAGCAUUUUAGGAAAAUUAAAUUAUCACCUGUUAUUCCAAAUUGUUAUUUGAAAUUCCCUUCCCUUUUCUGUUUCUUGAUAUGUUCCCCCAUAAUGCAGUUCCCUAUUGUGAAUUUAAAUUUGUAAUGAUUCUUUAAAAAUAAUUAAGUAGCCCAAAAGGUUCUGUUCGUCAUAUAAAUAAAAAAAAAUAAUUUCAGUAAAAUCAUAAAAUAUUAACUAAGAAAUAAUACUAUAGUAAUAUAAAAUUAAUUGUUUUAAUAAUUUUAUUUUUAGAUUCAAAUUUUUUUAAUAAUAAUUUAAUUUUAAACCUAAUUGAUUUUGAGUAUUUUUUUUUUUUUACCCCAGAGAAUAUGGAAAAGAGUUAAUAAAUCACAAGAAAGUUUUGUGCUUUUUUACUUUUUGUCUUAUGAAAUAAUAAUUACAAGUAGAACAUAUAGUCUCCCUUUUAAACUGUGUUCCAUUCAAACAUCCCGGUUUUUGUUAUGUUUUUAAUGGCUUGUCAUGUUUUUCUUCAUUUCACCUUCAUAUGCUUCAUUGUAUUUUUUAUUUUUGAGUUUUUCUUUUAGUUUGUUUUUGAUUCUCUUUCUUUUUAAGUAUAAAUCAUUUUAAAAAUCGAAUUUGACUAUUUUUAUUUUUUUCAACUGUGUGAUUCAUUUAAGAAAAAAAGAACAAAUGGAAAUUACACUCUGUCAUGUAAUCUUCGUUUGUAUUAUACUAUUGAGAUAUUUGACACAAUGUGUGUAUCAAAUAAAUAAAAAUCAUUAUACAGUAUUAAUAAAAAUUUAGGUAAACUAAAUUCUCCAGAAUAAUUCUGAAUUUAUUUUUCUUUUUAAUUUUUAUAUUAAUAAGUAUUGGAUUUUUAAUGAUUAUUAUAAUAAUGAUGUAUUCAUUUUCAUCUUUAAUGUUGUGACCCAUCUUAAAACAAGAAGAUUAUUCUCUUUCUUGUUAUUUAACUUAAAUUCAAAAUUGAAUAAAUAUAUUUUUUCAAAAGAAAAUGUAUAAUUUUAGUUUCAAUACAAUCCUUUCUAAUACAUUUUAAUUUCAUUUGCAUUCAAUAAAAUAUUAUUUGAUACUUUCGUUUUAAUAAUUUGUAUUUCUUUUUUCAUUUAAUUUUAGAUGCUUACUGAAACUUCUAAUUUUUAGUGUUUUCCUUUUUGUGUGUUGUUAUGAAUGCUGCUAAUUUUUACAAAAUGCUGCUCAACUUUAAUUGCUCAGUAUGUUUACAGCUUUCUCUGCUAUAACUUUUUGUUAAUAUAAUCAAAACUAUCAUUUGUUACAAUUAAUUUUUUUUGUUGAAAAUUUCACUUACAGUAUUUAUUUAACAGUUAUAAUGUAUGCAACUUUGUUUUCAUUAGUGUAAUUGUAUUGAAAAUAUUAGGUGAUUUAUUGCUGUCUAUAAAUUUGUUGUAUAUUUGCAGAUUAAAACCAGUGAAAAGAUGGUUUAAUAUUUUAUGACAUUUGAACUGAUAUGUUCUGCUCAUUUAUUUAAAUCUUCAAUAAGACUGAAUCAAAAUGUUUUACAUAUUAACAUGGAUCAAAUUGUGAAAUAAAAA